CAUUUCUGUAUUAAAAGCGGGCGUCACUAAAGCUGCUUCUUCUUCUUCUUCCAUUUUAUGGUCUCUCACUCCCUUCUAAACACAGGGAGUGAAGAAUAUACAGUGACUGAGAUUUCAGCUGCUAAGCUGAACAGAAUGGCCAUUAUGUCUACCUCUUUUGUGCUUCAUCUCCUUCUGGCUCUCUGCCGAUUCUCCACUGCAGCAGCGGCGGCGGACAAUACCGAUGUCUCCCACCCCAAAACCACGCCUUCAACUUACAUCGUCCACAUGGCCAAAUCCCAAAUGCCCGCGAGUUUUGAGCAUCACACCCACUGGUACGAUUCGUCGCUCAAAUCGGUCUCCGACUCGGCCGAAAUGCUCUACACUUACACCUCUGCCAUCCACGGCUUCUCCACCAGGCUGACGCCGGAGCAAGCAGCGUCGCUCAGUUCACAACCCGGAGUACUCUCCGUGCUUCCUGAACUCAAGUACGAGCUCCACACGACUCGGACCCCCGAGUUCCUCGGACUCGGCCAGACCACCGAGACAAUGCCCCAGUCAGACUCGGCCGGUGACGUCAUCAUCGGAGUACUGGACACCGGCGUCUGGCCCGAGAGCAAGAGCUUCGAUGACACCGGAUUCGGACCCGUGCCCUCCUCCUGGAAUGGCACGUGCGAAUCUGGAACCAACUUCAACUCCUCCAAUUGUAACCGCAAACUAAUCGGCGCCAGGUACUUCGCCAAAGGCUACGAGGCCACGCUGGGCCCCAUCGAGGAGUCCAAAGAAUCCAAAUCCCCGCGCGACGACGACGGCCACGGCACUCACACCGCGACAACCGCCGCUGGCUCCUUUGUCCCCGGCGCGAGUCUAUUAGGGUACGCGCCAGGAACCGCCCGUGGGAUGGCCCCGCACGCCAGAAUCGCCGCCUAUAAGGUGUGCUGGGUCGGCGGCUGUUUCAGCUCCGACAUUCUUGCCGCCAUGGACAAAGCAAUCGACGACAACGUCAAUGUCCUCUCGAUGUCGCUCGGUGGCGGGAAUUCGGACUAUUUCCGUGACAGCGUGGCGAUGGGAGCUUUCUCAGCGAUGGAGAAGGGCAUCUUAAUCUCGUGCUCUGCUGGAAACGCGGGCCCCAGUGCUUAUAGCUUGUCGAACUCGGCUCCAUGGAUCACAACCGUGGGAGCAGGCACACUGGAUCGAGAUUUCCCCGCUUUCGUCAGCCUCGGUAACGGCAAAAACUUCUCCGGUGUUUCGCUUUACCGCGGCAACUCCAACUCAAUGCCAAGCGCCUUGACGCCGUUUAUUUAUGCCGGUAACGCGAGCAACGCCACUUCCGGGAAUCUAUGCAUGAUGGGGACUUUGAGUCCCGAACAAGUGAAGGGAAAGAUAGUGAUGUGCGACCGCGGAGUCAAUGCUAGAGUCCAAAAAGGGGCCGUGGUCAAAGCUGCGGGAGGAUUGGGCAUGAUUUUGGCUAACACCGCCGCGAACGGCGAAGAACUGGUGGCCGACGCUCAUUUGUUACCGGCCACGUCUGUGGGUCAGAGAAACAGCGACGUCAUCAAGAGCUAUUUAUUCUCGGAUCCGAACCCGACCGCCACGAUUUUAUUCGAGGGGACAAAAGUCGGAGUCCAGCCAUCUCCGGUGGUCGCGGCGUUUAGUUCUCGGGGCCCAAAUUCGAUCACAGCGGAUAUACUGAAACCCGAUAUAGUUGCUCCAGGUGUCAACAUCCUAGCGGGGUGGUCAGGUGCGGCGGGACCCACGGGUCUUGCGAUCGAUGCGAGACGCGUGGCGUUCAAUAUUAUCUCCGGGACGUCGAUGUCUUGCCCGCACGUGAGUGGGCUGGCGGCGCUGCUGAAGGGGGCGCAUCCGGAGUGGAGCCCGGCGGCGAUUCGAUCGGCGCUCAUGACCACGGCGUAUACGGCGUACAAGAACGGGCAGAAGUUGCAGGAUGUGGCUACCGGGAAGCCAUCCACGCCGUUCGAUCACGGUGCAGGACACGUGGAUCCUAUAUCGGCCCUCAACCCGGGACUUGUCUAUGAUCUAACGGUGGACGAUUAUCUGAACUUUCUGUGUGCGUUGAAUUACUCGGCGUCUGAGAUCAGCAGCCUGGCGAAAAGAUCGUACACUUGCGACGAGAAAAGGAGGUACAGCGUGAGGGACCUUAACUACCCGUCGUUCGCGGUGAACUUCGAGGACAGAACGACGUCGACGAAUGUAGCGAAGUACACGAGGACGGUAACGAAUGUGGGGCCGGCGGGAACGUACAAGGCAACAGUGACGUCGGACAACCCGUCCGUGAAGAUAACGGUGGAGCCCGACACGCUGAGUUUUGGUCAGGUGAACGAGAAGAAAGCCUAUACGGUGACGUUUAGUGCUUCCGGUUCGGCGCCGUUGAAUGCGAACAGUUUCGGGAGGCUGGAGUGGUCGGACGGGAAGCAUGUUGUGGGAAGCCCAAUAGCAAUGAGCUGGAAUUAGGGGGGAAAAGGUUCACUCACUCAAAGAGUGGUGUGGAUGUGAUUAAUUGCCAAAAUUAAUCUUCUAAGAAUGAAUGAUUAAGGUGGUAAUUAAUGUUAAUUUUCAGCUUAGGAUUAAAGGAGCUGAGAAUUGAGACAGUGUGCGUGUGCGUGUGCGUGUGCGUGUGUGUUUACAGACUUGUAUGAGAGUAUGCAAGUUAAUGCAUGGGAUGGUUGGGUGGUGGGAUUUGUAUUUGAUAGAAUAUUUCAUGUAUUUGCAUAAGCCCGUCAAUGUCGUCAAUCAUCAUAUGUUGGAAUAAUUAUUGGAUAAGUGAGUGACAGCAGCAGCCAUUGUUUUGGAAUCUUUGGAUCCUAUUUUCUUUGAAGUUUGUAGCUAAAAUGGUUAAGAGAACGUCACUUAGUAUUACGGUUUAAUAAUAUUUCUUUUUACUUGUAAGUGAAAAGCGUCUUAACUUCAA